AUGGAUGUCCCAACAAUCCGCCAAUACACACUGGAUAUGAUUGCUGCUGGGUACAGCUUCCCGGACUUCCCAACGGUCCAAGAGUUAGAAAACCUACUGCAAACAACCAACAAGGAGAUACUUCGUCUGUCUCUCGAACAAGAAGACGACGACGCCAUGUUCAACGAAAAGUUCGAAGAAGAUCGAGCAUAG